AUGUCUCUACUUCGAUCGUCCAUCUGCCGGGCCUGCAGGCGCUCUUCACCGCUGAGGGUGCACAGAGGCUUUGCAACGGCCAGCCGCCCUCAGACGUCAUCCGACAGCCGAGUCAGGAUCGUCGAAGUCGGCCCACGAGAUGGACUGCAGAACGAGAAAAAGGCCAUUUCGCUGGCAACCAAGAUUGAGCUGAUUGAGCGAUUGGCCAAGACGGGUUUGACGACGAUUGAAGCUGGUUCCUUUGUAGCACCGAAAUGGGUGCCGCAGAUGGCCAACUCGAGCGAGAUCAUGGAGCAUAUCCUACAACAGAAGAUUGAAGCCCCCGUUCCCAUCACCUACUCCUUCCUCGCGCCGAAUACAAAGGGUUUCCAAAGUGCAGAAAAACCGGCGGUGGAGGUGGCCGUCUUUGCUGCCGCCACUGAGAGCUUCUCGCAGAAGAACCUCAACUGCGACAUCAAGACUUCGCUAGACCGAUUCAAGGCUGUCAUUCAGGACUCCAAGGCGCUGGGACUCCGUGUUCGAGCCUAUAUCUCAGUGGUUCUGGGCUGUCCCUUUGAGGGCUUCGAUGUUGACCCUCACAAGGUGGCUGAGAUUGCCACUGACCUGCUGGAGUCUGGAGCCGACGAGAUUUCACUUGGCGACACCACUGGCAUGGGCACCGCUCCCCGGACGAGCGCACUGCUCAAGUGCAUGAGUGCGGCCGGCAUUCGCACAGAGGACAUUGCGAUGCACUUCCACGACACGUAUGGACAGGCGCUGGUCAACACGGCUGUGUCACUAGAGCAUGGGAUCCGGACAUUCGAUAGCAGCGUGGGCGGACUCGGCGGCUGCCCUUACAGCCCUGGAGCGACGGGCAAUGUGGCGACGGAGAACAUGGUUUACUUUAUGGAGAGUUUGGGCAUGGAGACGGGCGUCGAUUUGGAUGCCAUGGCGGAUAUUGGAGCGUGGAUUACGCAGGAGAUUGGCAAGCCGAAUGACAGCUCGGUAGGAAAGGCAGUGCUGGGAGCGAGGUCGAGGAAGGGAGCCGAGGCUGCUGCAGCUGCUGAAAAGGCAUAG